GUUGAAAAAUCUUCACGCCUCCAUUGGAGCCAACAUUUCCCCUCUUCAAAAUUUCACAUUUCCUCUUUUCAAACGAACAAAUCUCAAAUCUCUCUCGCUCGCUCCCCGUGGUUGGUUGCAAAAGCUCGCGCUGCUUGAAGUCCAAGUCCUUCAAGGAUUAUUCCCUAGUCGAGUUCUGCUGGCUUCACAAAUGAUAAACACUAAUCUCAAAAACAGUGGGCUAGGAAAUUUUGGGACCAGUUUGCCUGUGUGCCAUAAACAAUCACCAAUUGGCAGGAAGAAGGUAGCUUUGAGAGAUGUGCAGAAUGAUAGCAGGAGCUUAAUCUGUAAUGGUCCAGAGAGUUGUGUUCUAGGACUUAGUGCCGAUGCUGUUAAGGUUUCUGAGAGACUUAACCCUGAGUGCCCUUUAAAACCCCGUUACCACCAGUCCUGGAGAAGUAAUGAUGCAAAUGAACAUGUCACACAUGCUGGUAGGAAUUCUGAUUCAGAGCUAGGCAAGAGAAGAGUUCAAGAGGCAUCUAACAAAAAAUCUGAUUUUCUAAAGUUGAGAAAAUAUUUCCACAAUAAGCCGGAACUACCGCAACAACAUCCUGAAGAGAAGGAAAGAAAUACAUCUAGCGUGCCUGCAUCUGCACCAACUCCUACAGCUUCUGUGAUAACGUUUUCCCCAGAUGGACCAUCAGUUCCUAUUUCUCUCGAAAAGCCUGGUAAUGGUUUUCUAGCUGCUGAGUCCGUUUGCCUUCAGCUUACUUCUGAGUCUGACGUUCCUCAUUCUGCUGAUUCUAAGGGGAACACUGAUCAGGAAAGUAAAGAACAGUUCCUUCAUCUGCAGAAGCCUCAGAAGAAGUGUUAUGAGUAUGAUCAGAGGGAUUACAUCCACUUGUUUCGUCAUUUAUCUCCUGUUGAGCUUAACAGAUGUGCUAUCGAGUUGGAGAAAAGAUCAAUCCAGCUAUCAGUUGAGGAAGGGAAAGAGAUCAAAAGGAUGAAGGCUCUUAAUAUAUUUGGAUAGUCUUAACUGAAACAAUCCCUUGCAAACAUUUCUACAAGUUCAGACCAAAAAAGUGAAAAGCAAUUGGAUACAAAUGUGUUAGUUUUUGAGAUUUUACAGAUGACCAAGUGAACGAUUCUGCCUCAAUUCCUUCAUUUAUUCUUCCAUUUUUUUGGUUGGCCUGACAAGAAUCCACCUCCUUGAUAGCUCUGCCAGCUGCUACUGUAAACCUGUUGUUUAGGAACUGAUACAUCAAUUGUAAUUUUUCUUCUCUUGCUUUUUGUGAUAGACUUAUUGAGGGCAUUGGUAGUGUUAUCAACAUCACUUUUUUAUUUUUUGGUGAAUGAAUUUA